AUCGCCAUUGGAUGAAUUAAAGCUAUCAGGGGAGAUUGAAUUAUCAUCUCUACAGUUAGCAGUUGAUGCAAUCCUUCAUACAGUUAGGUGUAGCCUAGGGUUUCAAAUGCAGGAGGAACAAACAGAGAUGUCCCUGCAAGAUUUUGGGAAAACAAUUGAUAUCGAGAGUUACGAUUCUAUUCACGAAGAUCAUCAAAUGUGUAUGCAACAUGAAGCUGGUCACUUUCUCGUUGGUUAUAUGCUUGGGGCCUUACCGAGAAGAUACAAAGUACCGAGUGUGGAGGAUUUAUUGCAGGACAAGUUUGCUGCCGGGAAGGUUGAAUUCAUUGGCUUUGAAUUUCUUAGAGAUGUGGGUGUGGAUAUCAAGUCGAACAAAAAUUUCCCCAGAAGGAAGCUUAAUCGUGAGAAUUUGAGGAAGUUUUCGUCCGUAAUACUUGGAGGGUUAGCAGCAGAGCAUCUACUGUUCGGACACUCAGAGUUACUGCACUCAGAUGUCGAGAAGUUAUACAGAGUACUCCAGUGGCUAAAUUUAACCGAAAACGAGGCUAAGACGGAGAUUAAACAAGCUGCAGAAGCUGCAGUCUUGAUAUUGUCUCAUCACAGCGAAGCUCGGUCUAGACUAGCUGAAGCCAUGGCUUUGGGUAGAUCAGUUGGCUUCUGUAUUGAGACUAUAGAGAAAACAUUAAUCUUCAACAACUGAUAUUAUUUAAGGUUAAUAAGCCAUUGUUGUGUAAUAAUCAGAGCAUUUUCUCAGCUUAUUCUUUUACAAUCAAACAUUUCUCAAAGGGAAAAAAAACAUUAC